CAUCGGUCCUCAUGGUGGUUAUUCUCACGUUGGGCAUUGGGCUGGGAGUGGGUCUUAGCUGUGUGGGUAAGUUCCGCUGUGGUACGUCUUCCCGCUGCAUCAGUGGCUCAGCCCAGUGUGACGGGGUGAUGGACUGUGAGAAUGGGGAGGACGAGCUUAGCUGUGUGCGUUUGAGUGGAAAGAGUUCAGUGCUCCAGGUGCUGAGUGGAGGUGUGUGGAGGACUGUCUGCUCUGAAGACUGGAACCCUGCUCUGGGCCUUUCUGCCUGCAAGCAGCUGGGCUACUCCAGGUAUGUGGAGUCCCGCUCCCUCCCCCUCUCUGCUAUAGAGCAGGACUUCCAGCAAAACCUGGUGUCAAUCAACCUGAGCCAGUCGGGCCAACAGGCCAUCAAGAUUCACAACGCCACCAGCCUCAGUAAGACUCAAUGCAGCUCAGGGACGGUGACCACAAUCAAAUGCCUGGAGUGCGGCUCCAGACCCCAGUUCAGCAGUCGUAUUGUUGGGGGUAAUGUAUCAGCACUGGGCCAGUUCCCCUGGCAGGUGAGCCUACACUUCCAGAGUGAACACUUGUGUGGAGGCUCUGUCGUAGCAGACAGCUGGAUACUGACAGCUGCACACUGCGUGUAUGGGUUUGCGUUCCCCUCACUGUGGGCAGUGCAUGUAGGGUUGACAGAGCAGCCGGUGAAUGGGGCUCAGGCUCUGGCAGUACAGAAGAUUAUUUACCAUGGCCGCUACCGGCCCAAAGCUCUAGACUAUGACAUCGCUCUGAUGAAGCUGGCUGAGCCACUCACCUUUAACGGUCUAGUGGAGCCCAUCUGCCUACCUAACUUUGGGGAGGACUUUGAGGAUGGGACCAUGUGUUGGAUCUCAGGCUGGGGGGCCACUUCAGAUGGGGGUGAUGCUAGUGAUUCGUUGCUCUCUGCCCGGGUCCCACUCAUCUCCUCUAAGGCGUGCAGCACGCCAGGCGUCUACCAGGGCUACAUCUCCCCCGGGAUGAUCUGUGCAGGAUACCUGGAGGGAGGAACAGACUCCUGCCAGGGAGACAGCGGGGGACCUCUGGCAUGUGAGGACUCAGUGUGGAAAUUGGUGGGGGCCACUAGCUGGGGCCAGGGCUGUGCUGAUAGGAACAAGCCUGGGGUCUACACCCGCGUCACCCAGUCCCUGAAGUGGAUCCACCAACAGAUGGAGAAAGAAGAGGAGCUGAACCCCUCGGAAGUUAGUACGGACAACUGAAUUAGUGGCAGUCUUUUUAUACAUGCUACUUCUAUCAAAAGUUUAUCAUAUUGUACAUUGCCUGGGACUUAAGAGUACUGCCAACGAACCAAAUGCUGAAUGUGUAGCACAGGCCAGGGUUGGAUGGCCUAACAGUGACAGCAGCCCUCACAGGACAGGCAAAGGCAAACCACCCACCAGAACAAGACACAUUAACCUUAUAGACAUGUUGGAUGCUCAGAAAAGGCUAGAAAAGCACCUGGAUCAGAGUACGGUAGAGUAUAGUACACUAAACCUUUGUCAGUUUGUAUCCUACAUGGCUACAACCAAGCACAAUGAAGGCAGUGGCACAUUCAACAGUAGAGGUAAGGCAUUGUUUAUUCCAAAAUAACAAGCUCUAAGGCAAACAGAGAAAAGUGAACAACAGUAGAUAACAAGCGACAGCGAUGGUAGAGAUGUGAGAGACAGAGCGUGCAGCUGAGACCCACCUGAACCCGAGCCAGAAACACUCAGUGGGGAUCUAAGUGCAUCUCAGGUUGUCUGAAUGACAUCACAAGAUAAGAGGGAAAAUUUGAUGAAAACUAUACAGUACGUUGGGGCAGCUUUUCCCAACAACAAAGGCCCUGACUUGGGCAAUGAUAUUAGAAUAGAAGAUGGAGAGUUCAGAAAACAUUCUUAAAACUGUCCCUAGAUCAGCCAGAGUACAAGUCCUCCAGUUCUCCAGUCCUUCUCAAACAGAGGACCAACAUGCUGCCUGUGAGGUCUGAGGAUCCCAACUGCUCUCUCCACUUUUAAUACAAUUCAAUGUAUGUGUACAUAAAUAAAGAUUAACGUGUGCAAAAUAUAGUUUUUAGACUGUGAUCUACUUUGUACUGUAUCUAUGUAUUGUUGAUCUGACUGCCUAAGUACUAUUUCAGUU